AUUCCCAGCUUCCGGGCUAAACGGAAAGCAGCAAACAGAGCACAUCGGCGGAGAAAGACGCUAAUAAGACAGCAAUGUAUGAGGAUGAACUUUGUCCAACAAAAGAGGAGAAGGAGCGACAACAUCAACUACUGGACGCCGUUUUCAAGAAACAUCAAGUUGUGUUACACAGAACAGGUGGACCCACCGACCCCCUGCUUUAAAGAGGAAGAGGCGGUGCACAUUAAAGAGGAAGAGGAGGAAGAGGGCAUCAGUCAGCCUAAAUGGUUGGAGGAGUUCCCAGUGACUGGUGUCCCUGUGAAGGGUGAAGAUGAUGAGGUGAAAGGUGAAAGUGAGGAGAGGGGAGGGGGGGAGCCUCCAAGCAGCAGCUCAACAGAAGCUGAUGGAGACCACUGUGGAGGAUCACAAGCAGACAAGCUCUUAGCUCCACUAUCAGAUAGUGAGGACACAAGCUCACACUCUCCUCACACUGAUGAUGAAGACUCUAAAGAUGAUGCAACAUGUCACACUGACAACACUCACUUCACAUGUUCUACCUGCGACAAAACCUUUAUAUACCAAUGUCACCUGAAAGUACACAUGAGAAAACACACCGGAGAAAAACCUUUUAUCUGUUCAAUAUGCGGUAAAGGUUUUGUUCUAAGUAAACAUUUGAAAGUACACAUGAGAACACACACUGGAGAAAAACCUUUUAUCUGUUCAACCUGCGGUAAAGGUUUUGUUGAAAGUCAGGGUUUGAAAAAACACAUGAGAACACACAACGGCGAAAAACCUUUUUCUUGUUCAAUCUGUGGUAAAGGUUUUGCUCAAAGUCAUAGUUUGAAAAUACACAUGAGAACACACACCGGGGAAAAACCUUUUGUCUGUUCAACCUGCGGUAAAGGUUUUACAAACAGUCAAUGUUUGAAAAGACACACAAGAACACACACCGGUGAAAAACCUUUUCCCUGUUCAAUUUGUGGUAAACGUUUUAGGGAAAGUCGCAAUUUGAAAGUACACACGAGAACACACGCUGGUGAAAAACCUUUUUCCUGUUCAACCUGUGGUAAAGUUUUUACAGAAAGUCAACAUUUGAAAAGACACGCUAGAACACACACUGGAGAAAAAUCCCAUUCCUGUUCAAUCUGCAACAAAAGCUUUUGUGAGCGAUCAACCCUUGUAAGACACAUGAGAACACACCAAGGAGAGAAAGUAUUGAGUUGCAGUGUGUGUGGUGAGAGAUUCUCUACUAAGAAGCAGUGUGAGAAACACAAGUGUGUUGGUGAGAACAGCAGCAGCAAAUGAAACUGCAGGAUUUGAAAUAAACUGUCCAGACUUUUUAACAACAUCAGCACAUAUAACAUGUGUGACAUUGUUGUUUGUCUAACUAUCUGUUUAACAUGCUUCUACACUUAUAGAUUAGAUGUUUUAUAUCUGUUUUUUUUCAGUCAAGUACAUGCAUUAAUAUGCAACAUUGUGUACUUUUAUUAAAAAUCUAAUGGAAAAAAUUUGACUGAAAAGGUGAGAGUAAACAGUACAACACAUUUCACAAACAAUUGUUUUAUGUGUAUAUAUUAGGGCUGGGCAACGAUCAAAAAUUUUAAUGGAAGUUAAUCGCACUAUUUCUCCGAUUAAUCGCGAUUAACUGCAUUGUAUACGCAAAGCCCAAUAAUGAAUUCAAAAGUAGUGUGUAGUGCACCUUUAUUGGAAUAUUCUCCCACAUGAACAAAAGUGCCAAAACAUUUGUUGUGCAAACACAAUUUAAAUCAGUCCUUGUUAAACAGUAGCAGUUAAAUAGCAUAUUUGAUGAAAAUCAACUCCAAAAAUGUAAAUACAAACAUUUAAGCUUAUUGCCACUGCCAGGGUAUUUAAGUUAUCCUGUUUGUUAUGGAAAAUAAAUAUAAUCUACAUACAAAUCUCUGAGCCACAAUCAUAACAUCUGAACAGGCAAUUUCUGAGGUAACAGCAGAAACAUUUUUUUUAUCAGGGAUCUUAUGUUUAAAAAACCUAUAUUAUAGGUAGUGGGCUGUUUUAGGGAAUUUUGGAUCAAAUUAUCCGUAGUAGCAAUAUUAAUAAUGUUGUGUUUAUUCUGCGUAGUGCACUUAAGAUAAUUAUGACCAUAUCUAGGAAUUGAUAUGAUGGGAAUUUUGCUUGGUGCUUUGAUAAACUGAACACAUAUACAUGGUACUAUAUUGUGAUGUUAUGAGCCAGGGAAAAAAAGAACUACCCUACCCAGCAUGCAACAGAAGUGACGAGCAUGUAAAGGUUGUGUCGCCAUGACGGCAUCUUGUAUGUUGUGAUAUGCACGCUCUGAAAGCAAACGUUAAGAACUCAGCCAACACUCCUGGUCUGCAUUAUUCAUAAAUAGACAGACAACACAUAUACUCCGCUGCUUCACAGGCCGCUGGAUGUAGCCGGCAAAGUAUUCCCAUGCUAGCUAGCAGGUCUAGCAAGCACGCCUCAUUCAGUCCAAAACGACCCGAUCUAUCCACAUCCAGAAUUGUCUGGCGGUCGUAAGUGAUCCCGGAGUGACCACGCUGUAAGCCAGCCAUGACAUUUGCAGAAUUGUCCGCUAUUUUUGCCAAAUGUUCCAUCUUUACCAAGAGCCCCUCCACGCCGGGCGACGCCAUCUUGUUAAGAAAAGGCGUUAACAAAAUAAAAGCAUGUAAACAUACGCAAAUGUGCGAUAAAAUAAUUGUCGGCGUUAAUAGAUUGAUGAGUUAACGCGUAAUUAACGCAUUAAUUUGCCCACCCCUAGUAUAUAUAUAUUACAAUUUUAGACUUAUUCAUAAUAGUGUUUUUUAUAGUUCUCUGAAAUAUCGAAGUGUUAUUUAUAUUUAUUUUUAAUUGUUAAUGAUCCCAUAUAUUAGCACCUUAAUAUAAUAUACAACGUAGGAAAGUGCUAUACAAGUAUAACCCAUUUAUCAUGUAUUAUUUAUUUGUACUGGUUCACAUCUUCUGGACCACUUCAGGAAGCAUAUUAUUAUUUACUUUACACAAUACAUGUUUUGAACAGUUGUCUUUUUUACAUUUAUAAAAUGUCUGACUUUAUGAAUCAUUUGUUGGGUGUCUAUACCAUUGUACUCUCUUUUGUAAUAUGAUAAUAAAUAAUAAAUGGGUUGUACUUGUAUAGCGCUUUUCUACCUUCAAGGUACUCAAAGCGCUUUCCACAUUCACACACUGAUGGAGGGAGCUGCCAUGCAAGGCGCUAACCAGCACCCAUCAGGAGUAAGGGUGAAGUGUCUUGCCCAAGGACACAACGGACGUGACGGGGUUGGUACUAAGUGGGGAUUGAACCAGGGACCCUCGGGUUGCGCACGUCCACUGUACCACUGCGCCACGCCGUCCCUGAUGAUUGUGUUGUGAUUGUUUUCUAUGUACAGUAUGUCCCCAGGCCUUUGUGCAAUGUGAAAGAAAAUGGCUGAAUUGUCUGUGGAAGGAUGGUUUUGUUUUUAGAGAGUUGCAUUUGUGGAUUAAAAAAAAAAUCCCAUUGUU